ACAAAGCAGCUGGGCCCACGAUGGGUGUUCAGCAGGACUCAAUGCUGGGUGUUCAGCAGUUUUCACUCCAACAAAGCUGCUGGACCCACAUUGAGUGUUCAGCAGGGCCCACGUUGGGUGUUCAGCUGGACCCAUGUUGGGUGUUCAGCAAGUUUUACUCCAACAAAGCUGCUGGACUCACACUGGGUGUUCAGCAAGGUUCACUGAACAAAGCAGCUGGACCCGUGCUGGGUGUUCAGCUGGACCCAUGUUGGGUGUUCAGCAGGUUUCAUUCAAAAAAACCAGCUGGACCCACAUUGGAUGCUCAGCAGAACCCAUGUUGGGUGUUCAGCAGUUUUCACUCCAACAAAGUUGCUGGACCCAUGCUGCGUGUUCAGCAGGGUUCACUGAACCAAGCAGCUGAACCCAUGCUGGAUGUUCAGCUGGACCCAUGUUGGGUGUUCAGCAAGUUUUACUCCAACAAAGCUGCUGGACUCACACUGGGUGUUCAGCAAGGUUCACUGAACAAAGCAGCUGGACCCAUGUUGGGUGUUCAGCUGGACUCAACAUUGGGUGUUCAGCAGUUUUCACUCCAGCAAAGCAGUUGGACCCAUGUUGGGUGUUCAGCAGGGCCCACUUUGGAUGCCCAGCAGGUUUCUCUCCCUCUCUCUCUCUCGGCUUUCCCCUCGCAGGCAUCGCGUGCUGCUGCUUCACGUAGUCCCUGUUUUCUACUGCACAGCAGAUCCCCUGCCUGGUCAGUGAAAUCCUCCUCCUUUUUUCCUCUCUCUUGUUUCGCUUUCCUGCGUCUUCCCCGCUCCAAGUUGAAGAGUUUCCCAAUUUCCUGUUCCAAGCAGCUGCUCAGCAGUUUUUGGAGCUGUGCAGCGAGGGCUCUAGUUACACAUGAACUCCUGACCUUCAUUUUGAAAUGCUCCCUUUAUCCCCACGUGCACUUUCUUCCCCAGGAUGCUUUUUCCCACAUCACUGAGCUCCUUUGGUAUUCUUGGAGUUGUGUAUUUCUCUUCACAUUUUACCUGGAUUGUGGGGUGGGAUCAUUGGGGAGGGGACUAAGUAUUAUUAUCUCAUUAGUCUUCAGGUUUAGGAUUUGGGGAUUGUUCAGAGGGGAUUAGUUCCUUAUCCAAAGCAAGGGUUAAAAUGGGAGGAUUUAAAACAAGUCACUAAUUUGUGCCUCAUCCCCCUGCCAAAAAUAGCAAUUUCUUGGCCCCAUUGAGAUGAGCAAUAGGGAAGGGAGUGAGAUUUUCCACAGGUAACAUAGAUUUCCAUAGAUCCAUGGUACCUGUAACCUAAACAGCAGGGAGAUAGUGGCAGUAUAACAUAAAAUGAUGCUUUUAUAAGCUAGAGCUUUACUGAAGAUGUAUUUUCCAUUUGGGCAGCAAAAAUAAUUUGCUGCCUGAUAGCAGAACCCUUAAGCCAACACUUCUGUAUGAUAUAUACAUACCUACCAAUAGGAAAAGUUGUGGUUAAUAAGAUAUUUUGUUAUAAAGCAAAGUUUUAUGAAGAUAUGGUUGUUUAAUAUUAGAAACCUAUUUCAGCCCUUGACCUCCAGUGUGAGUAGGAGAUCCCUGAGUGGCUGCAGUCCGAGGCAAGCGACCUGUGGGGAUGCAAAAUCUCUGACCCAACUCUCCAGAGCAUAAUUGCCUCUGUGGGUGUAUUUAUGGCAUUGUACCUGCUAUCAGUGAGAUGCUGUAACUCUUGUCCAACUUCCUCAGCACAAUUAAGAGUCUGGGUUUCAGAGAAGGGAAUAAACAAAGGCCAUUAAAGAGUGGAAUGGGAUGAUAAAGAAGGGCCAAGUGCUUUCAAGUUUGUUUGCCCACUAAAAACUGGGCUGUCCGUGGAGGGAUUGGUGCUGUCACCAGCUCAGAACUGGCAGUAAAUUCUGCUUUUAUUUGUGACAGACCUGGUGGGAAGAUGGAAAAAGAGAGCACAGAAGGUUAACAGGUGCUGGGGGUUUGGUGCUGGCACCCAAACCUGCUCCCCUGGUCCCUUCAGGUGUGAAAUCACCACCCUGCUGUUUCUCCAGGGAGGGUUUUUCUCAAGGCAUUCACCUUGUGUGCAGGUAAUGGAGCAGUUGUGGGGUAGAAACCAAAAAUCUUGGUUGGUUUCCCAAGGAGAAGGAGUCACCCCAAAACCAGAGGGAGUUUGUGUGGGACCAAACAGCACACGAGGAUGUGGCAAAAUAGCCCAAAUCAUGGUGCCUUGUGGGGAAGGGUCCUGUGUGUGUGCCACCCAACAGGGCACCAUGUUUGGGGAGGGAGGAGAAGGUUUGGCUGCUGAGUGAGGGUGCAGAUGGGGCAGGAGGUUUGAUUUAAACCUCUGCCAUGUCCAGGCAUUGCCAGCCUGUGCCCUCUUCAGCUGAAGAUCUGUCACAUCCACUUGAGACAACAAAAUAGAUGUGCAAACUUCCCUGGUUUGUGUGUGUGCUUCUACCUGAGGGCUGCUUUUGUGUGUUGUUCAUGCAUCAAAGUGUGCCCAGCAGGCAGAGCACCUGCUCCACGAGGACUCGGGUGACAGCUGGAUACCAAAGUGUCCCACGGCUCCGCGUGCCCAGUUUGAGGCUGUGCUCUGUGGUUUUUGGAGAUGUUCCUGUUCAAUAUCCAUAUUUUUGGCCAGAUGUUGCAGGCAGAUCACUGUUAUGAACAUGCACGGGGUGCUGGCUGUCCUCUGCUCGCUGGCUGGGGUUUGUAAUCUGGUUUUUUGGGAGCUGCAGGUGUGACCCGUGGUGGCUUGGGGGACGUGGUCUCCUGCUCUGGGUCUGCAAUCCCGUGGAGGUGCCACAGCUCUGCCUCCUCUCUUGUCAGUGACAUUCUGUGCAAGAUUUGAGAAUGCAAAUGACUGCUUAAAGCAGCCCAGAGGCUAAAAUCUGUAUUCUGGCAGCUGUGCCUCCCUGGUUUGGAUGUGGCACUUUUGUGGCAGCAGAGGCGCCUCCCCCAGAGCAGCCUUAGAGGGGCUCCAGCCACCUCAGGCCUUUCCCUCUGUGAUUGCUGUUCUGCAGUUCCUGGAAACUUCAAAUACAAUUUAAACAUGAAGAUCUGUUCUUGCUCCCUGUUAAUGUUGCAUCCAUCUGUAAUUUCAAAGAAGAAGAACUGUAAGUCCAUCUGGUUUUUGAUUCUGGUUUCUCUCCCAGGGGAUACACCUCCCGCUCCCACAAUUUGCCUUUGGUUUGCUUGCAGACUUAGUGGUGGAAUUCAGGCCAAAAUAGGUCAUUGGUUUGGAUCAGUUCAAUAAACUUAUGUAAGUUUUUACACUAAAA